AAGGGAAAGAGGCAGAGGACGUCGAACGCGCCCCAGCCUCAAGGUUUCCAGCCUCAAGGAUGGCGUCAUCGUUAUCGCUGGAGGCGAAGCUGAAGCGCUUCAGCCUCUACUCCUCCCUCAUGGACAGAUAUCUCGGCAGCCAGGCGUCCCACGACCAAUGCGACAGCACCGACCGCCAUCUAGCGGGCGGCACCACCGCCCUCGACCAGGUCACCACCGUCCUCACCUUCCAGCGCUCCAUCUCGGACAGCAAAGUCGCACGCCACGCCCUUGCCGGCUCUGCAUGCAGCGACCUGGUCGUCAGCGGCCUCUCGCGCUCCUUCUCGGUGGCGUCGACGAGCGGCAGCCCAAACUCGGUCGUCUCAUCCGGCAAGGGCGGCCGAUCGGUGGUGUCCUUCUCUGAGGGCAAGGGCGCAUCGCCCAAUGCUGCGAUGACGAUGAUGGACGUGUGCCGCAGCGGGAGCAGUCCCAGCAUGGGGGAGGGGUCGGGAGGAGAGGGAGGAAGAGGGGCAGGGGGAGGGGCAGGGGCGGCAGGUGGUGGUGUGGGUGGGGAGGGGAUAACGAUUGAGAGGGCGCGGACGUUCAGUGGGUUUGACAAGAUGGCGGUGAAUGAGAAGGCAACCAAGGCGCUCAAGGAGUCGCUCGGCAUCCUCGUCCAAGCAGGUGUGUGUGGCGAGCACACAGGGGGGAGCAAGGAUGUCCACAUUGGAGGAUUCUGUAUUUGUGUGUGUGUGUGUCAGCGGCGGGUUCGAAGGCCAUUUCUGCGACCGACCUGAGGUCACUUGAAGUGACGCCAGACACACCCGAACGCACACCCUCUGCAUCAUCCAAGUAAGGCAAGCCAGGAGAGUCACCCAGGCCGACAAUGAAUGAGUGGAUUCACACCCACCCUGUUCGUUGGUCCGUUCGUCCCCUCUUCUCCCUCCCGCUCACAGAUUUGAUAAGAAGGACAGCCAAGACACCUCCCCCACCCCCAAAGACACCUUUCCCACCCAGGCCAAACGUACCAUCAUCAUCCACGAGGACGGCAGCGCACAAGACACCUCUCACCAGCACCAACCACCGUCGCAGCACCAGCAGCACCCCCACCCCCACCCCCACCAGCACCACGGCAGUCCAUUCCCGGAUGGUCCCAGCCCCUCCAAGACACGCACCGGUCGGCCCCCCUUCAGGACACGACCUUACGGCCACCACCCUCAUGGGCACAUGGGACGUGGCGGGGGCUACGGUGUGCCGCAUCACCACCACCACCACCACCAUGAGGAUGCAGACGGCGGAGGCAGGGGGUCGUUCCGCAUGAAAAAAUACAGGCGCGGGUGAGUGGCGGAUGGAGCCUGGGAGAGGGGGAGGGGGGCGUGCUGUAUACAUGUGUGUGUGUGUGUGUGUGUGUCUGUGUGUGUGGUUUGCCGUUUGUUGUGUGAUUUCUGUUCAGAAAGAAUUACAUCCGUGACGACCCCAUGAGUUGAUCGAUGGUAUGUGUGUGUAGUGGUGGGUCAGUCGGUCGGUGGCUGCGUGUGGCUGAAUGGUUGCGUGCGUAAGGGGUCGUUUCGUUGAAGUGUCGAUAAUAUACGUUACCUUUCUGUCUGCCUGCCUCCCACUUGCGAUGUACACAUACACACGGUUGCGGUGAUGCAGCGAGCAUAUCUACGCCCUCAUUUGCACGUUGUCAGUUUCAAACCGGUUUUGACGUGUUCAGCCACUCGGAUGCCUUCGUAUGUGGGUGUGGGUGUGGGUGGUACUUUCCUUUUUCUUAACAUGGCCUCGGUGUCGGUGUCAGUGUCGGUGUGUUCUGUCGCCUUUUUCUCCCGAUUGAAUGAAGGCCUCACUGACGUACCUGCCUGCAUAAUGCUGCUGGAUGGAGGGAUGGCUGCUGAUUUGAAGGCCAAUGGGUAUCUGUGUGUGUGGGUGGGUGUGCAUGUGUGUGUGGAUGAGAGUGUACGUUCAUUUUUUCCCCAGAGGUGGCUGUGCUGUGCUGCGAUGACUAACUGGAGUGAGAGUGAGAGUGCGGCUGGUGCUAUUUGUCUCUCUCUGGGUGCGUGUGGCUGGCUGGCUGGGUGUGCGCAUGACAAUGAUUUCAAGGACACGUGGCGGUUUAACAGUGGUGGCUGGACGCACACACACACCACCACAGACACACUCGACUUGGCCAACCUGAUGGAUGGACACAUCGCACGAGCAGUGAGUGUGCCUGUUUUUGGCACCGACCGUUUUCCAUUCACUAUCGCAACCUGGCUGAGCUGAUUGACCCCCUGACUGGUAGGGUAGGCAGAGGCGGCCGACAAACAAACCUGCAGUGUAGACAGAGCUACCCGCAGAACUGAUGGCCUCACUGACUGUGUUGCAUGCGCUGGCCCGUUUGUUUGUGUCGCGAAGGGAGGAAGGCGUAGAGUCAGUCAAAGCAGGAAAGCUGGCAGGCACAGAACGGGACGCGCGUGUGGGCGACUACCUGGCGAUAGCUGUUUGCACGAAGAUCGUUCGUACGGUGUACUUUACGGCUUGUUCG